UUUUUAAUUUUUUAUUUAAAUAGAAUACAGGUUUUAUGUGUAGAUUUAAUCUUGUUGCUCGUAAGCGGCGCUAACUUCAGACGGCGCAGGGCCGAUCGUCGACCGUAUAUGCGCUUGUCCUUCGCAUAGGCUUCGAAAAGUUCAAUAGUGACGAUAGUGGCAGUGAAAAUUACUGGAAUUCCUUUUUUACGCGCCUCAUAAAAACAAAUGAGGAAAUCCUGUGAGAUGGUAGUUGCGUUCGCGAUGGUAGUAGCGUACGACGAUAUCGCGUGAGAUGCGAUAAAUCUCACCUGACACGCUUAGUUUCUCACCAAUUCCGUCAAUCAAGGUUACUCUUGUACACAUAUGUACCUCCCUUAUAUAGUAAACAAGGUUUCUUCCUGUCACAUUAUACUUUCAAUUCGUAUUGACUCGUCGAGGGAAUCGACGUGUAAAGCGCUGACACUGUAAAGCGCCGUCGAACGAUAAUCUCGCCUUUGGGAGCCUCGGUUCUGUGAGUGUCACGUGAGUGACACAUUACCGAUGUUGUGACAAGUCAAAACCACAGUUGAUCACAGUGGGAGAGAGAGCUUUGUCGCAAACGUGUGCGAAUUCGCAUCGCGAAAAUGAGCUCGCAUCACCAUUUGAAUUCGUCGUCCGGUGAAAUAAAUCACAUUCACUUUGUUUCCGAGGACAUUGGCUCGCUGUACCUCUCAGAGGAGUACGCUGAUGUUACCAUUGUAGUCGCGGGUCAAAAAUUUCGCAGUCACAAACUCAUUCUCGCUGCGCGCAGCGAGUAUUUUCGGGCACUCCUGUUCGGUGGCAUGAAGGAGUCUACGCAAAGUGAAAUAGAGCUGACUGCCUCCUCGUUGCCAGCAUUCAAGGGUUUGCUUAAGUACAUAUAUACAGGCCGCAUGUCUCUUACUAAUGAGCGGGAUGAGGUAAUCCUUGAUAUUCUCGGGUUAGCACAUUUAUAUGGAUUUAUGGACUUAGAAGCUGCUAUAUCUGAUUAUCUCAGAGAGAUAUUGAAUAUAAAGAACAUAUGUUCGAUUUUGGACACUGCGUUUUUAUAUCAUUUGGAAUUUCUGACCAACGUUUGCUUUGAAUAUAUGGACAUACAUGCAUCUGAGGUCAUACAGCAUGAAAGUUUUUUACAAUUGAGUUCAUCUGCUUUAACCGAGUUGAUCUCUAGAGAUUCUUUCUGUGCACCAGAGAUAGAAAUUUUUUCAGCUGUACGAUCAUGGGUCAAUGCCAAUCCUGAUAUCGAUUCGUCCGAAGUGCUAGCUCAACUAAGAUUGAGUUUGAUUCCGCUACCGGAUCUUCUCAGUGUCGUAAGAUCAUCUGAAUUAGUAUUGCCAAAUGCGCUGUUAGAUGCGAUAGACAUGCAGACACAAACACCCAAUUCGAAACUUCCUUACCGUGGCCAUCUACUCGUCGAUGAGAAUGUUGCUCAUCCGAUUCAUGGUGCUCAAGUAUUACAAGGGGAAAUGCGUAGCUAUCUACUUAAUGGCGAUACUCACAAUUAUGACAUGGAACGCGGCUACACGAGGCAUACUAUAUCAGAUACAGAAGAGCAUGGGAUUCUAAUUAAGUUAGGAUCACAGUAUAUUAUAAAUCAUAUGAAAAUGUUACUAUGGGAUUUAGAUUUGCGAUCCUAUUCUUAUUAUAUAGAGGUAUGGAUAUUUUAUGGUAGUAGUGUAAUAAAUUGUAUAUAUAUAUAUAUAUAUAUAUAUAUAUAAUAAAAAUAUAUUAUAUAUAUAUUUAUUGUUAUUUGAUAGGUUUUUCAUGUUGUCAAUUUUGAAGCAUAUUAUACAAAUCACACAGAGAAGCUUUCACAAGGUUUUAUCAUUCCCACAAAGAAUAUUGCUACUAUUGAGAAAAGUGCAUGUGUCAUCGAAGGUGUGAGUAGGUCGCGUAAUAAUUUAUUGAAUGGAGACACAAAUAAUUAUGAUUGGGAUAGUGGUUACACGUGCCAUCAACUUGGUUCUGGAUCUAUUCUAGUACAAUUAGGCCAGCCGUACAUGAUAGACUCUAUGCGAUUGUUGCUUUGGGAUUGCGACAAUCGCUCCUAUUCAUAUUACAUAGAAGUGUCGGGUAAUGCUUGGAGCUGGGUGUUAGUCGCUGAUAAAACUAAAGAAGCUUGUCGGUCAUGGCAAACAAUUCGCUUUUAUCCACCACGUCCAAUAGUUUUUAUAAAAAUAGUGGGCACUCACAAUACUGCAAACGAGGUGUUUCAUUGUGUUCAUUUUGAAUGUCCGGCGCCAGUAGAUGAUAAAUCUUCAAAAUCGCCAACGCAAGAAGAACAAACGUCGACAUCGAUGGAUGGUAAUAAUUCCUUACUUCCUGCUUCCUCUCUCCUUGAAACAACUACGGAACCAAUGCGUGGUAGCGAUGAACUGUAACUAGAGUAAAGAAUACGCGUAUGACGAUGAAACGUGAGUGAUAGCUUUGCCGAUGAUCCUUGCUGUUAUUGUUUUGUGAGCUAGAUGAAUUGAAAUAAUUCGUCCAGUGACCUCAAUGCAACUUUUAAGACUGUUCAAUAAUAAUCGUUGGAUAUAAGAUUGUAAUUAGUCAUCUCGUGUUUUCUUGUUUACAAGUUUUAUUUUUACCGAUGACUUUAAAUAUAAAUAAUACGCAGCAGCUGUCAAUUUUAUAGUCACAAAAAUACAUAUGAUAAUUAGCUUUUGCA